AUGGCGAAAGAUCACGGGGAGGAGGAACACUCGUCGUCGUGUAAGAUUUCCGACGAAACUUCUAUUAGAUCGAAAUCUUUAUCAGAUCACAAGAGGGUUCUUAAUCAAGCCUCAACUUCGCAGCCAAAGCUUGAAGAUGUCAGUAAUGGCGAUCGCAUUUAUCGUCGACUAAUCAAAGAUCAGAGCAAGACGAUUCUGAUAGACACUAACAAACAAGAUAUUCUCAAGAACAACCAAAUGGGUUUUGAAGAUUCAAUCAGUGGUUUGAGAGAAAAUCCCAAGAAAUCCUGGAAGACUUUUGUUGGUAAACUCGAUGAGGAGAAGAAAGAGAAAGAUUGCAGCGAAUGCGGCAAAAUGUUUUCUUCAUUGAAGGCUUUGUCUGGACAUAUGAAGUGUCAUUCUUCAGAUACAGGAAAAGACAAUGUCUGCAAAAUAUGUAGCAAAGGGUUUGAUUCAAUGAGGGCUCUGUUUGGUCAUAUGCGACACCAUCCCAAGAAGUCCAGAUUAGGCGGAACUGAAAAGGCUCAAGAAAAUCAAUCAGAAAACUGUGAGAAUCUAUGUCCAGUCAAAAGAAAACGAUCACAGCCAAGGUACAACAAGAUUACUGCAAAUUCUAAUAUGUCUUCUUCAUCUUCUUCAUCUGUUUCCGAGACUAAUGAAGAUGAAGAAGCAGCAGCUUGUUUGAUUAUGCUCUCCACUGGGAUAACCAAUUGGGCUGAGUUUAAAACAUUUUUAAACCAAACCAAUGAUGAGAAUCCAAUUCUCAAGAGAAAGGGGAAGAAACUUGAAGUGGGUAAUGGAGAAUUAACUGUUGAAAUUAAGUCGGAAGAAAAGAGCCUUGAAAUGGGUUUAGAUUUCUCUAAUGGGGUUCAAAAGAAGAAGGGACACAAAAUCAGGACCUUGAAGAAGAUCUUCAAUUCCGCUAGAAACGAAAGCAGUUCUGGAUCCAAGGAUGAAGUGAAUCCAAACCAACUUGUGAAGCUUGAAGAAAAUCAGAACCCAUAUGAGAUGGAAAUUGAUAUCAUCAAGCAUGAAUGUACAGUCUGCUUCAGAAACUUCUCAUCUGGGCGAGCUUUGGGUGGACAUAAAAGGGCUCACUAUAGUAAACAAGGGAUCGAGAAAGAAAGAAAUGAUGAUUUGGUGUUUGAUCCAGCUCAUCUCUAAUGAC